AAAAAUAUCAUAAAAAUCUGCUGACCGGCUCUGAGAGGCUGCGCGGAAAGGAGAAAACGUCAGUGUGUGUGUAGCAGUAGAAGAGGAAGGGUGUGCCUCUGCUCUCGAUCUCAUUUUUAAUCUUCUCUCGCAAGCAUGGAGCUCGAAAAGAUUGAUAUCUACAAUGCCAAGAGUGGGAAGUUUGUCACAUCAUUAUUUGGCCUGAAGAGUAACAGCACUAUUCUGGAUGUGAAGAAGGCUGUUCAUAAGCACAAAAGUGUUAUGUAUCCAGAGAGACAGGAGGUGCGGUUGGAACAGAAAGGAAAAGCAUCGCUGCAGGGUGCUGGUCCUUCCACUACGCAAAACGAAUCUUUGAGACCUUGUUUAUUCAUCGGUUCUCCCAUGGCACCAUGCCAGUUUUCAACCUCUUCAAGAACUGUGGAUACUACUGGGGAUUCACAGCUUAUGUGGCCUACCAUGUCAACCAUCCCCUCUUCACAGCCCCAAGUGACUUGCAGGUGUACUCCUCCCUGGCUGCUUUUGUUAUGUGUGAGUUGGGCAACUUCAGCAUCCACGUGGCCCUGAGGAACCUUCGACCACCAGGCACUAAGGAGAGGAAAAUUCCCUACCCCGACAGCAACCCUCUCACGCUGCUCUUCAAUGCCGUCUCCUGCCCCAAUUACACCUAUGAAUUUGGGACAUGGUUGGCAUUCACAAUCAUGACUCAGUGUCUGCCAGCUGGAAUGUUUGCACUCUGUGGCUUCUACCAGAUGGCAGUGUGGGCAAUGGGAAAACAUCGCAACUACAAGAAGGAAUUCAAAAAUUAUCCUCGUAGGAAGGCUAUCAUUCCUUUCCUUCUGUAAAACAUAUCAAAUGAUGUUCUUGAAGAGAUAUACAUCAAAUUUCAUUAUCAAAAUACGAAUUUAUCAGAUUAUAUAUCUUGUUUAUACUUAUACUUCUUAUCCUCAACUAUGGUAAAUGUAUCAAGAAAAUGACAGGAUAUUCAGUGGAGAGAAAAUUAAAUCAUGCUAAUUUUGUCAGAACUAAUGUCUAAAAUCAAUGUAAGUCAUUGAAUUGCUGUUUGAUGUGCAUUCAGAAAAUGGAUCAUCCAUUGCACACAAUAUAUUUAAAUUCUUUGCUUUAUGAUUUUAUAUUAAUUAUUUUUUAUAUUCCCAACACAAAUGGAAGAAUGUGAUUGCAUCAUUCUGUUUAUUUUAGAAUGGAAAGAAUAACAUAAGUAUCUAAUAAAAUUUCAAAUUCAGAUGUACACAUAUAACAAUUUAGUUGUAAAUUAGAGUAUAGAUGUAAAUGUUUGUUUCAAGUUAUCUUAGAAUAAUUUGAAGUGAAGAUCCAGGUGCAUAAAUAUCUUUUCCCUCUCAUUACCUCCAGCACAUUCUCAGUGUUUCAGCACAUUUUUAUUAAUAUUUUAUUGAUUAUAUUUAUGUGUUAAGAUAAAAAUGAAAAGAAGAGUUGUCCUGUGCCUUCAUAGAUCUGAAAUGCAGGUUUAUGAUAUGGUACAGCCAACAACAUAAUUUUACAGCUAUUCGUAUAUGUACAAAUGUAAGGUUAACAAGAAUAAAGUAAGGGAUACACUGUACAUGUCUCAGCUAUGUUCUAAAGAUAUUUUCUCAGUAUUUGCUAACAAUUGCCAUACAAUAAUAAAAUAGGUUUUGAACUGUAACAUAUUGGACUUAAGUGAUCAUUCAUCUCAAAUGAUGAACAGCAGAGGGAGUGCAGUGACUAAAUUUAGGAACUGUAGAUGGAAGUUUGUAUUUGUAAAGAAGAAAUUUCAUAUUAGAGGAAUAAAUUUACCCAAGAGAAA